CUGGCUUUACGGUUAUUGCGUAGAUCAAUAUGUCGGACGCUUCCUGAUUAUUUUGUUUAUUCUGUCUUUAGUGAAAACUGGAAAGAGAUUACUGUAUAAUUUGUAAUCCAAGCAUUUAUCAUUUCUCAAAACAAGAUGUCCGUCACCGCCUUGCGAAUGAUGCCAUGUCGGAGGCUGAGCUUGACGGGUCCAGGACUGAAGAAAGUCAUCCCAUUGAAGGACUUUUGGAAAAUUGCUAAAGUAACAGGAGCCGUAGUACUGGGCGGCUGCGUUCUCAUCACGUACGAGGUCGUCGCGCUCAACCAGGCGGUCACCAUCGACACUCGGGCUAUCCUCCAAGAAAAGCAGAAGUCUUAUAUCUACCUAACCCCCAUCACUAAGGUAGAACAGGAGACCCUGGGCACCAAUCUUACCUAUAAAGCCAGGAAAGAGCUUCAUAAAGCAGCGAGAAGACUUAUUGAAAUUUCAUCGCGAGUCCUCCAGCGUCCCCUGGAUGAGCGUCUAAGCCAUCUGGAUGUAGAUCCUCAUGAAUUUGCUCUGUGGGUGUUGCUGAAGAGAACCCGCUCCAUCAGUCGGCCAGAGCGCCUGCAGGCUGUACAGGACCUGGCACACACUCACUGGCAGGAUUACCAGUACCAGACAGCGGCUCAGUCUAUAGACCAGCGCACGGCUAUCGGUCUGGCUCGUACUCCAAACGUAGACCUGCGUUUCUUCCUUUCCCCGCCGGCGCUGCCCAAACUGGAGGAUGAGUUUCUAAUCGAGGACGGUCUGAGGCAGCUGCUGGCCUCUUUGCCCCAGUCAGAGGUGGAUCGGUGUGUGCAGUAUUUCACCUCACUGGCACUGAGAGAGAGCACUCAAUCCCUCGCUUCUCAACGGGGGGGUUUGUGGUGUUUCGGGGGAAACGGGCUGCCCUAUGCGCAGAGCCUCACCUCCAUCCCGUCUGAGAAGGUGGAGUCUUUCUGCCUGCAGGCCCUCGUACAGCACUCAAAGGUCCCGAGUCACUGCGAGCACAUAGUGGCCAGGGGAGGACUGCAGCUCUUACAGAGGGUCUACCAGCUUCGACGGGAUUCGCAGAAAAUCCAGCGCAACAUCGUGCGCAUCAUCGGGAACCUGGCACUGAACGAGAGCUUACACGCGGACAUAGUGCAGUCAGGUUGGUUGCCGGUCCUGGCUGAGAUGGCCCAGUCUCCUCACAUCAUUCAGGCGUCCCACGCUGCCCGCGCUUUAGCCAACCUGGACCGAGACGCCGAGGUGCAGAAGUACCCGGACGGAGUUUAUGUCUUACAUCCACAGGGUCGCACCAGCGAGCCCAUAAAGGCGGACAUUCUGUUUGUGCACGGCCUUCUGGGAGCUGCCUUCAAAACAUGGCGACAGAAAGACUGCGACCUGACAGAAGUCGAAAAAUCCGCAGGGAUACAAGAGGAUUACACGGAGUGCUGGCCUAAGUCGUGGUUAGCAGCCGACUGCCCCAACCUCAGAAUCCUGUCUGUAGAGUACGACACGCACCUGAGCGACUGGAGAGCCAAGUGUCCCGCAGAAAACCAGAGGAAGUCUUUAGCGUAUCGCAGCGGGGAGCUCCUGAGGAAGCUGAAAGCCGCAGGAGUGGGUGACCGGCCUGUGGUUUGGGUGGCACACAGUAUGGGAGGCUUGCUGGUGAAAAAGAUGCUCCUAGACGCCUCGACGGAUCCUGAGCUGAGCUCGUUGUUGAAGAACACCAAGGGCGUGUUGUUCUACAGCGUUCCUCACCGCGGCACGUUCAUGGCCGAGUACUCCGUAAACGUCCGCUAUCUCCUGUUUCCCUCCAUAGAAGUCCGAGAGCUCUGCAAAGACUCUCCAACUUUACGAGAGCUGAACGAGAAUUUCCUCAACAUGGCAAGAGACAGAGAGUUUAAGAUCCUGAGCUUCGUUGAAACCGCACCCACGUCCGUCGGCCCGAUGAUAAACGUAUUAGUGGUUCCCGCAGAGUCAGCAGAUCUGGGUAUCGGAGAUCUCAUAGAGGUGCCUGUCGAUCAUCUGAACAUCUGCAAACCGGAGAAGAAGGAGACGUUUCUCUACAAACAGAGCUUACAGUUUAUCCAGGAUGCUCUUGGUGGACAGAUAAUCAGCUGAACGUUUGUGCCAACAUCAUGACUUUUCAUUUGUGCAAAUGAUCCAGGAGUGUAACAGGAAGUCAUUUGGAACACUACAGACAAUGCAGAACUACGUUCAGUAUUUAUGUUGUGUGUAAUGUUAAACACAGUACAUAUCAACGCUUGGAUUCUGUUCUGUAACAAAUAUUAUUUAUUUUGAAAACAUAGUUGGAACACUAAGAGCCAAAUGGACACCAACCUUCCCUCCAUUCUCCACCCCCCUCCCAGGACAGCUGACUUCAUGACUGGUGCCGCUACCUCAACGGAUUUAUUUAUGCAUACAGGAUUUUUGUGUACAUCACUGUUUAAGUUAUUCAAGCUUGAGUUCUUGAUUUGGAUUUAAGGGUUAAAUCUGUGCCAAAAUGUAUCGAAAGCACAACAAAUAAAGUGCCAAAACAUUUGUG